GAAGGUGCUUCACAAGUCUGUAGACCACGUUCCAUCGAAGUCUGCUAUGGAUCUAUCGCUAUAAACCUUUUGCGUGACUUGGUGAAACCCCCGUUUGGAGAAAUUGAACUGGACUCCAGUAUGCAACAAAUCUGCGAAAAGCGUCUGCCGCAUGUGUCUCGUUGCAUGUCACUUCUAAACGAUUGCGCGAAGGAGCAGCGGGCAACUUUUACACAUCUAGAGAAUGUCUACCAUGAUUUUCACAGCGUUAUCUGCACUCGAGAGUCUUUUGAUGGUCUCCGAGAUCUGUGGGACUGUCUGGACAGGCAGAGAAGGAAAAAAUGUGACAAGGACACGGAUGCGUUAUUCGGUGCCAGUGAAAGUUCCCUGAGAUUACAUUGUCAGAUGGCCCGCAACUACAGCGUCUGCCUCGAGGAAGUGACGAAAGACUGCCCUUCGAAGUUUGACAACGGCCGGAAAGCACUGAAGGCGAUAACCGACGGAGCAGUCGAUACCCUUUGUUCAUCGUGGACAAGUUUCCAGCUGAGGUCAUCCGAAGUGCCGCCUUCUGUUACUGACAGGAACGAAUCAUUCGCACAUCUUGACCUCACUUCAACUACUGUGCUCACCUCAACUACAGCUCUUCGAGCUGUCAACACAACGCCAACGAUGUCUUCAAAACUAGAGAAAAGCACGACAGCACUUAAAGAAUUUGUGAAACAUGAGCAGGCAUCUCAAAGGCACCACGAUAAUACAACACCGGUGCCUUCAAUGUUCAGUGAAGCAGCAACUACUUCAAGCGAGCGGACACACUCGUCUGUAACGCCUGAAAUUUCCAUGGGUAGUUCGACAUCUGAGGAUGCCGCUUUAGUCGUAGCUGGAGCCGAAUGCUCUGGAAACAAAUGCAAUAACUCCAACGUGCAGGAGCCAUCUCGUAUUGUGCCGUCAUCAAGCGCGACUCUGGUCUUGACCAUCGCUUCUAUACAGUAUGCAUUCGUUUUCAUAUGCUCGUUGUUUGCUCUUUGAACAUAUCAGCAAACUUACGGGUGUUCCUUAAAUCACUUCGCUCUGGCACGUACACUGCGCGCACAUUCAACAUCAACCAAUGUCUGUAUAUUUCUGGGGGAGAAUGUACAUUGGUUGUCAUAAUACGAAUAAACGCCUGUAAUGCAGUGUACUGUUGGUAGAUUUCCAACACAC